GUUGUCAUCUCCCCAUUUUGUAUCACGUCAGGACUUUGCAUCCUCUGUCCUCGACACCUUUUUCUUUAAUUAUACCUUGAGCCUCCUCCCACUCCUGGAUUUGCCCGGCCACCUUAUUCCUUGGCCUUGUUUCUUCUCAAAUUCUACACUCUCUCCUCUAACCUCGGAUCAUCCGCCACCAUGACCCAACCAAGAAUCGACUCAGACUUUUCUAUGCCAUCGGGACAAUAUCUAGACCGCUGGUGGAAGGAGAGUGGCUAUAAACCCGAUGCCGUCCCUAAAAGAAGAGCCCCCGACGAAGAUCCACGAGGGGAAGUCGCUUACCACAGAGCCUUUGCCGAGGCCGCCAAAAUUCAUCCACCGAGGCUCCCUGAUCCCUUUCUAUUUCCCAAUUCUCCAACAGCACGGAAAUGUUUACAGCAGCGAGAUGAGAAGCUGUUCCCUUCGCGGAGACCUGAUCAGAUCCAACCCGGCACACCAACCUCAGCCAUGCAACCUCCAUAUCCGGCUCGUCAAUUCGACUCAUUACCCUCGCCCAGAGAUGACAUCUAUCGUCACUCUCAUGCUUCCAGUAACGCUUCUCAACCAGAGCCCACCGCCUAUCCUGGAAGGUUUCAGUCUUCUGAGCAUUCCCGUCACGUCUCAUCAGGGUCGACCGGUCCUGAAGAUCGUCGUACCUACCCCACGGGCCAGGCCCCAGCGACAUUAGAACCAAAGAUGGAUGCUCCUAUUGGACCACCAAGGAUGAUUCGAUGACCUCUCAUAUCUAGAACACCUGCUCGCUGUAACCUUCCCAGGAGAAAGCAUACUGGUAUGAGUCAUGAUCACCAAGUUUCAACCAUGGAACCUCUCACGACUUACGAUCUUAAUGAUUAGAAAGGCCCGGCAUCAAAUGAUUUCAGUUCUAUAGCAUUUGGUCAAUACACCUAUCCAUUGGGUAAUCGCUCCUUGCUAAGCCUCUCCACACGUCGCCUCACCACGCCUGGCGACCCAACGUCGGUUCGACCCCGGGUCUCUGCAAGAGCAGAUUCAGCAUAGGGAUAAACAGUCGCGGAUGGAGGUCAUUGUCGCCAUUCUGGGUAGCUGAGAUCAUCAAUGGUCUGCCCGCUUGCUCUUCAAGACCCUCAUCUCGAAUCUGUCUCUCUCCCCAUCCAACCAAUUGCUGCCAUGUCACCCAUUCCCAACCAGAACAUUUGUCUGGUUCCAUCAGCUCGGCCUGUGGCAUUCCGUCAGACCCUAAUCUCGUCGACGGAUCGACAGUAGCCACCAUAAAUAUGGUUCCAUAAUGCAUCCACCAACCCUGGAUUCCCUCGAUUUGAGUAUCCCAACCUUUGCCAACUACGCCGCUUUCCAUCACGUCAUUGGUGAUGGUCAACAGCCCAACAUCUUGUACAUCCAGGCCCGUCUCCUCCUUGAUCUCGCGAAUGGUGCAUUCUUCAAAUGACUCUCCGAAUUCGAGAUGUCCGCCUGGAAGAGCCCAUGUGCCGGCGCCAUGCGAGCCAAGUCGCUGGCCUAAUAGAAACUUGGUUUCUCGCGAGUCCGGGUCCGACGACGGAUGUAAAAUAAAGACGGCAACCCCGAGCCGGGGCACCUGGUUGGCUGGGAGAGGACUCAUUGCAGGUGUUGUCAAGAGGUCCAGAGAUCGACCUUGAUUGAUGAUAUCUUCGGGAGAGAGGCUCUGAUGCUCCUGAGUUUUCAGCGAAUUAGAUCUUCUUUUUCUCUGAUAUAUUUUAAAAGAUGGGGAAAGAGUUAUCGGAUCCAAGAUAUGAUAGAUUUAGAGUGUGUCUGGUGUUAGAUGGGACAUAAAAAGGAAGAAGGCCAGUAGAUGGGGAGAAUAUAUAUACCCCAAAUUUCUAGAGCAUGAGUCAGUGGACUGUUUGAUUCUAUAAUCAGUAUGUUUGCUCUCGAGUGAGUAAAAUGAACAGACAGACACAUUGGCAAACUAGGUACAUACUCUCAGACACAUAUACCAUUUACC